GAGGGUUUUGCCAUUUUUCCCUAGCAAAUUCUCCAUAUGGUAUCAGAGCGGAAACGCAUCUAGGGUUACAAUGUCUACCACACCACAGCCGACGAAUCAUGGGAAGGAAGCUGCAAGCGGAUCACCAGUCUCAGGCGCAACUGGUUCUUCUCUUCGAGGUUUCCAGUUUGGUACCUACACUGAUCAGCAGCAGCAGGAGCACCAACAGCAAAACACUACCAGAUCUGAGGUGAUAACAUUCGGUAACCCAUUCUACUUGAACCCUAAUGAAGCAUUGAACCAAUCUAUAGGUUCAGAGGUGUUUGAUGGGACAAAUUAUAUCAUGUGGAGUAGAUCUGUGAUAAUGGGUUUGAAGAUGAAACAUAAAGUGGGUUUCAUCGAUGGAAGCAUACCAAUGCCUCCAGUGACUGAUGAUACUUUUCUGUUAUGGGAUGGAUGUAACACAGUUGUGUUAUCAUGGAUUUUGAAUUCUCUUCAUAAGGAUCUCAGACGUUCUGUGAUGAACCAUGUUAGUGCUAAAGUACUAUGGGAUGAGUUGAAAAGGAGGUAUGGGAAACCUAAUGCCAUACGAAUUACUAAUCUGGAAGAUGACAUCCAUAAGUGCAAGCAAGGGAGUCGCAGCAUCAAUCAGUACCACAAUGAGAUCAAGGGAAUCUGGGAGGAACUGGCACAAUUCAGUCCCAUAGUGCCAUGUAAUUGUGCACCUGGAAACAUAAAUCCAUGUGAUGCUGUUGUGGCCUACAUUGAAAGGCAGGAAACUGAUUAUCUUAUCAGGUUUCUCAGGGGCUUGCAUCCAGAUUAUGAGAUUGUUAAGAGUCAAUUACUCUCUCGUAAACCAUUGCCUACUGUAUCUGAAGCAGUAGAUGAUCUACUCCAGUAUGAGCAGAAAUUGAGAGCAGAAUCACAUGGUGGAAGAAGAACUCAAAGUGUAGCUCUAGCUGUUGAGGCUGAGGAAGAUGAAAAGCCAAGAGGACAAGGGAAGAAGUUCUGCAUCUAUUGCAAGAGAACAAACCACAAUGUUGAACAAUGCUGGAGGGCUAAAAAGAAGAGAGAAAUGCAGAAUGGAGGAGGAACAGGAGGAUCACAGGGCAAUGGUUCUAGCUUUGUGGGAUCAGUGUCACAAGGAGGUUCCAAUGACUCAACUACAGAAGUGAGCUACUCCAGUUCAACUGAUACUCCAGGAGGUAGCCCAGUAAGUUCUUCUAAGACAGUGGUUGGCUUUACACCAGAAGAGAUGAACAAGCUAAGAAUCAUGAUGCAAUCUGGUACUGGUAGCUUCCCUUCACCUCCAACCUCACCAUCUUGACCUCAUCAUGCCUACUCAGUAACUCAAAUUCCACCACCCUAUCCUACUUAUUCAGGUAAAUAUAGCCUGUCUACCUCAAGUCAGUUUAACCAAACCAAUGCUUCAAACCUUUGGAUCUUAGACACAGGUGCCUCAGAUCAUAUUUCUUGCACACUAGCUUUAUUUAUAGAGCACAAACCAGUUCAAGAUGUCUUUGUAAACCUGCCUAAUACCACUAGGGUUCUGGUUACUCACAUUGGUACAGUUAGACUACCCACAGGCUUGAUACUUCAUAAUGUUCUUUUUGUCCCUAGCUUCUCUUUCAAUCUUAUCUCAGUAAGUAAGCUUACCAAUGACUGUCCUUUAGUCUUACACUUUCACUCCAAUCUCUGUCACAUUCAGGACCAGUUAAGCUUGAAGAUGAUUGGUUUAGCAAGAGAGCAUAAAGGACUUUACCACCU